CUUCCUCGAAGUGUCUCGUCUUCCAUUUCUCAGAGAACCUCGGUGGGUGUAUACGACGAUCGAGAAUCAAUGGCGCCGAUCGCAGUUAACGACGUUAUCCCGGACGGAACUUUGGCCUACUUCGACGAGCAAGAUCAGCUUCAGAGUGUCUCCAUCCAUUCUCUCGCAAAGGGCAAAAAGGUCAUUCUCUUUGCCGUUCCCGGGGCCUUCACUCCCACUUGCAGCAUGAAGCACGUGCCUGGGUUUAUUGAGAAAUCCGAGGAGUUGAUCUCAAAGGGCGUUAGUGAAAUUCUUUGCAUCAGUGUGAACGACCCCUUUGUGAUGAAAGCUUGGGCAAAAACUUACCCCGACAACAAACAUGUCAAGUUCUUAGCCGAUGGAUCUUGCAAAUACACCCAGGCUCUUGGCCUUGAGCUUGACCUCUCAGAGAAAGGGCUUGGCACCCGAUCCAAAAGGUUUGCACUUCUGGUUGACGAUCUCAAAGUGACUGUCGCUAAUAUCGAAUCUGGUGGGGAAUUCACUGUCUCUGGUGCUGAUGAAAUCCUCAAGGCUCUCUAAGAUUGUUGCUGCAUUAUGAUUGAUGAUGUGUUUAGUUGCUAUGCAAUUAUGAAUGACCUUUCCCCUCCUAUCUUUUUGAAAUAAAAUGACUUUUGCUAUUAAAAAUGAUAUGUUCGGUUAUUUUAUGAUAUGAAAUGCUUUUCUACAUAUGCAAUGUUGUUGAAUCAUAUAUUUGUUGAUCCUAAACAGAUUAUCAAUUCAUGUUUUUGUUGUCAGGAUC